CUGCUGAUCCAGGCCAUGCACGACCUGCCCCCGGGCUCGGGCACGCGGCGGGGCGGCGGGGGCUUGGCGGGUCGCGGCUGCCCCGCGGGAGCCCGGGCUCCGGGCCAGCCCCCUUCCCCCCGCGGCGCUGCGGACUGCGGAGCUUGCGCCGGAGACUGGGAGCUGGGAGAAGGCGGCUGCCCUCGGCAGCAGGUGUCCCCGCCCCGGCCGCCUCCGAGGGACCCGAGGGGAGGCCAGCUGCGCACUCCUCGGAUGCUGCUGUCCCGCUGCAGGAGCCUCGAGAGCCUGCGGGUGCGUGCGAAGCCGCCUGCCUUCCAGCGGUGGCCGAGCGACAGCUGGAUCAGGUGCGGCGCACGCUGGGACCGGGACGAGCCCCCGCCACGUGGAGACAGGAUGGACGGCUGGAGCGGGGGCAGCGCCGGGGCCGGGGCGCCCACCGGCCUCCUGCCGCCCGGCUCCGAGGGCCCGGGCCGCUCCCCGGGAAACCCUCCGAGGGAUCCCGCGGGGUCCUCGGUGAUGCGCCACGGCACGGGAGAGCGCCAGGAGGGGCCCCCUUUCCUCAAGCCGCCCGCAGUGACAGUGAAGAAACUGCAGAAGUGGAUGUACAAAGGGCGCCUGCUGUCCCUGGGGAUGAAGGGUCGCGCCCGUGGGACACCCUCCAAAGGCCCGGGAGCGCAGGCAGCCGCCCCAAAUCGGGGCGCUUUGAAAGUGCGAGAGAGCCACGUCCUCUCGGUGCCUCCAGACCAAAGAAUAACGCUGACAGAUUUAUUUGAAAACGUCUAUGGAUCUUCAAUGAAGAGAAGAGAACUUGAAGAUCUGAAGGAUAAUAUUGAAUUCAGAGGUCAUAAGCCACUUAACAGCAUCACUGUUUCAAAGAAACGCAAUUGGCUAUAUCAGAGUACUCUGCGAUCUCUUAAUCUGGAAGAAGAAAACAAGAAAUGCCAAGAGAGAAGUCAUUUACCCAUCUCGCCUGUGACUCUGCCAAAACAUCAGAUGUCACAACCUUUCCUCAAAACACCUGAAGAAUACUGUACAUAUAUGGUGUGUAAUACUACAGAUUCCUCAUUAUCAAAAAACUGUUCUUUAGACUUUAAUGAGGAGAAUGAUGCAGAUGAUGAAGGAGAAAUAUGGUACAACCCCAUUCCGGAGGACGAUGACCUUGGUGUAUCAGGUGCCUUGAGUUUUGGGGAGGCAAAGUCUGCUGUUCUGAAGCUUCCUGCUGUCAGUUUGAGCGUAUUUUCUGGUAGUGCCCUGGUGAAAGCAGAGCAGCAUACCGAAGACUUGCCUUGCUCCUCUGAACAUUCAGGUGAUGUUCAGACCAUGCAGUCAAAUGAAUUGCAUCCUGUAGAUUCCAUCCAUCCCACAGAAUUUGGACAGCAGUACAAGCCAAAGCUAGGACACAAGACACAAGAAAGUGUCAUGUUAGAGGACAGUCCUAUAUCAAAAUCUCCCUUUGCAGGUCCUGGGAUCCUAGCUGCUACAAAUAGGACUGAAUUGGGAAUUAUGGAACCAUCUUCUCCAAGCCCUAGCCCUGUGAAAAAAGGCAGUUCAAUUAAUUGGUCUUUGCCAGAUAAAAUAAAAUCUCCACGGACUGUGAGGAAACUUUCUAUGAAAAUGAAAAAGUUGCCAGAAUUUAGCCGAAAGCUGAGUGUUAAGGGAACCUUGAAUUAUUUAAAUGGUCCAGAAAAUAGUCCUUCCUUGUCUAAAUGUAACUGUCAAGAAAUUCAUCAUGCUGUUAUUCUUCCUUCUGGGAAUACAACCACAGCUGCAAAGAGGAAUGUUAUAAGCCGGUACCAUCUUGAUACCAGUGUGUCUUCUCAGCACAGCUACCAAAAGAAAAGAUCUGUGAGUUCUAAAUACUCCUGCAAAGGUGGUUACCUCAGUGAUGGAGAUUCACCUGAACUUGUAACCAAAUCUAGCAAACACGGCUCUGAAAACAAACUUGGAAAAGGAAAAGAAAUAGUUCCAAAUACUUGUAGCAAAAAUGACAUAGACAUUGAUGCUUUUAGACACUAUAGCUUUUCUGAUCAACCUAAGUGUUCACAAUAUAUAUCUGGGCUCAUGAGUGUGCAUUUCUAUGGUGCAGAGGAUUUAAAACCACCCCGGAUAGAUUCGAAAGAUGUCUUCUGUGCAAUUCAGGUAGAUUCGGUGAACAAAGCAAGAACAGCUUUGCUCACAUGUCGAACAACGUUUUUAGACAUGGAUCAUACUUUCAACAUAGAAAUUGAAAAUGCACAGCAUCUGAAACUCGUAGUAUUUAGUUGGGAACCUACUCCAAGAAGAAACCGAGUGUGUUGUCACGGAACUGUUGUCCUUCCUACCUUAUUCAGAGUGACAAAGACACAUCAACUGGCUGUUAAACUAGAACCUAGAGGUCUUAUUUAUGUGAAAGUGACUCUUAUGGAGCAGUGGGAGAAUUCUCUUCAUGGACUAGAUAACAAUCGAGAAUCAGUAAUAUUUGGUGUUGAUAUUCGAAAAGUUGUGGAGAAAGAAAAUGUAGGAUUGAUGGUGCCACUUCUGAUACAGAAAUGUAUUCUGGAAAUUGAAAAAAGAGGCUGUCAGGUAGUAGGCCUGUAUCGAUUAUGUGGUUCGGCAGCAGUCAAGAAAGAACUUCGAGAGGCCUUUGAGAGGGAUAGCAAAGCUGUUGGUCUGUGUGAAAAUCAAUACCCAGAUAUAAAUGUAAUAACAGGUGUUCUUAAGGAUUACCUUAGAGAACUUCCUUCUCCUCUGAUAACAAAGCAGCUUUAUGAAGCUGUAUUAGAGGCAAUGGCAAAAAGUCCUUUGAAAAUGUCAUCAAAUGGUUGUGAGAAUGACCCAAGUGACUCCAAGUCCACUGUUGACCUGCUGGAUCAUCUGCCAGAUGUUGAGAAGGCGACCCUAAAGAUGUUAUUGGAUCACUUGAAACUGGUGGCUUCUUUCCAUGAAGUGAAUAAGAUGACCUGCCAGAAUUUGGCCGUGUGCUUUGGACCAGUAUUAUUAAGUCAGAGGCAGGAGACUCUCACCCACAACAACAGAGUCUUCACUGAUUCAGAAGAGCUUGCAAGUGCUUUGGAUUUUAAAAAACAUAUUGAAGUUCUUCAUUACUUACUCCAGCUUUGGCCAGUGCAACGUUUAACUGUCAAAGAAUCACCUGACAGUUUGUUCCCAGAGCAGACAUCUUCUCUGAAUUAUUUGAGGCGGAAGAAAGCACGACCUUACAUGCUGAAUCUGAGUAGCACUGAUUCAUCCGGAGUACUCAGGCCAAGGCAAACCAGAUUAGACAGUCCACUUAGCAAUCGCUACGCAGGAGACUGGAGCAGCUGUGGAGAAAGCUACUUUUUAAAUACAAAAGAAAAUUUAAGUGAUGUGGAUUAUGAUGAUGUGCCUUCAGAUUACAGAGAAAAUGCAGAUUACAGCAAAAUGGAUGGACCAGAAAUAAUGAUUGAAGAGCCAAUUCCCAUGUCCAAAGAGUGUACAUUUCAGACAUAUUUGACAGUGCAAACAAUUGAGUCCACAGUGGAUCGAAAAGUCAACCUCAAAGAUCUACAAGAAAGUAUUGAUAUUUUGAUUGGCAAUCUGGAACGUGAACUCAACAAGAAUAAGCUUAAUAUAAGUGUUUGAGAUUAAAGGGGCUUUAUUUAUUUAUUUUAAAAAUAAUACCUUAAAAUUUCAAAUCAGUUUUUCAUGAAGCUUCCUACAGUGAUGUUUUAUUUCUUUUACUCUUGAAACCUUCAGUUAACUUCUACUAAAUUAAUGUGAUUCAAUCAGAAAAAAGCUAUUCAUUGAUAUGAUUUUUACUUACUAGAAAAUUGUUCUGAGGGUGGAGAUAACAGGGACAUGUUGGGAUCUUGCAGUGAUCUUGCCAACUUUAUGGAGCUAAGUUUCAGAUGCACUUACAAGCACACACUAAGUCAUUGGCCCAUCCAGGCUGCUGGGCUUCAGAGGAACUGCUCUUCUGUAGCCGCACCGGGUUCCUUUCAGAGCAGCUGCUUCACCUGACUUGCAGUCUGAGUCCUUGUCACGGCAACAUUGUUUGGUCACAUUUCAUUUGCAAUGCAAAUGCUGCUAUUAGAAAACAUUUUUAUAAAUAAGAGUGAAAUUAUGCAACUAUUAAUGUAUUCUGUAUUAACAUUCAGUAAUUAUUUAAGCUUAUAAAAUAAAUAUUUUUAUAAUCCUGAAAAUAUGUAUAUAUUUAUAAGUGCAUUUAUAUAUAGGUACUAGAAUGGGAGAAGGGACUGUAGAAUCAAAUGUAUUUUUGAAGUAUAUAUGUCAUGAGGCCAAAAUUACUGGUUUAAAAUGUCUUUUUGGACAUUUAAGUUAAAGAGGAUUUACAUUAAAACACCUGGACAAAAAGCAUUCUAGAAGCAUCUUAAUAAAAAUGAUAAGCUUUGAAUAACAAAGUCACAAUAUUAGCUGUGAAAGGUCAUCUUUUAAAUUGAAAUCCUCUUACUCCUUAAGGUACUAAGUGCACAGAUGCCUGCACUGGUGACCUAGAUUUUAAAAAACCUUCAUCUAUUCUCUGCAUUUUUGUAUUCUGUUUUAAAUAUUUAUUUGUAGUAGCAAGUUCAUACUUUGAGUUUGUAAUUCUCCCCACUUGUUUCCAAAGAAACCAUCUUGCCAGAAUACUGUGUUACUGAUUUUUAAAAAUUAACUUAUUUUGGCUAAGCUGAUAGUCAUUGUAGCAAUUGUAGCGGAGUUUGAAAAUGUAAAUUUAGGAGACUGUUAAGUUGAAAUGUAUUUUUUUAACUUUUAUAAUAAACUACAGACUAUGUAAUUUAAAAAUUAUAAAUAAAAUUUAAAUCACCAACUUUCAGAUGUAGCAGCCAUUUACAAAACUGACAUCCUGAUAUUUUUUCUAAAUAUUAAAGUAUUUAACUAUUUCUAUGCAAUAUACAUUGGUAAGCAGAAUACCUUUUUACUUAAUUUGAAAGUCCAUUCAUAAAAAUAUUUUAUAUGAAAUUUUCAUCUUCUUAAAUCUUUUGUAGCAAUUAGGAGAAAACCAAAAUAAUAUGUGUCACCUAUAUGUAUUGGUAAAUAGGCAAAAGAAAGUACUUUUAAAUGUUUUGUAAAAAAACUGUUUUCUCCCUUUUAUUUACUCUAUCAUGUGUAAUGUAUGAUAUGAAUAAGUUGUUCCAGAAAUGUAAACACUUUGUUAAAAUAUUAUAAACUUGAUAAACCUAUUAAUUGUAAUGAUUAAGGACCACUUAUUUUAAUAUUCUUCUUAAACAAAGGUGUUAAAGUAUUGUGCCAUCAUGGAUUAUCCUUAAAUAUAUGUUUUAACCUUU